UCUCGCCCUACGUAAUCGGAGGGAUAAUAAUGCGACAGCUGUAACACAACUCUGACAACUUCCAUUCUCAUGUUGACUUUGUCCUUUGACGUCCAAUUGACACCGACCUAAGUUGCAAGAAAUUGCUAUGUUGCCAUCCUAAUAUCACCAUUCCCAAGUCAACAGCAUACCUUCUAGCCUCCCAUCAUGUCACUUCGCCUACUGGCAUCAAGCUUGCUUGGCUUGAGCGCGACCCUCGCCAGCGCCAGUCCAGAUGACGAACAGAGACCUCUUGGCGACUACCAUCGUAUAUGUCCCGACUAUACACGAUAUGCAGCAUAUCCUCACCGACCUUUCAGUACUGGCCCUCGAGAGCUCCCCUACCAAAGACCAACCACGAAAUGCCGGACAUUUCAAUCAGACGCCAUCGAAAAGGUCAUUGAAGAUGUGACGUCACGUAUGAAAGACCCCGAUCUAGCACGACUCUUCGAGAACGCAUUCCCUUCGACGACCGAUACAACCGUCAAGUUCCAUACCAAAGGAAAAGAAGAUACAGGCUUCUUCCGCAUGGGAAGCUUUGGAGGGUUCCAUGAUGAGGGAGCUUGGCAGGGACCGCAAUCCUUCAUCAUAACGGGUGACAUUAUCGCGGAAUGGCUACGCGACUCAACAAACCAAUUGCGCCCUUACCAGCCGCUUGCGAAGAAGGAUCCCGCCAUUCACACAUUAUUGCUCGGUGCCAUCAACACCCAGGCCGAAUAUGUGAUCGAGUCCCCAUACUGCAAUGCCUUUCAACCUCCGCCUAUCAGCGACUUACCUCUCUCGUCUAAUGGACAAGAAGACAACGUACACCCAGCAUAUGAGCCACAAGCAGUAUUCGAAUGCAAGUAUGAGCUAGAUUCUCUAGCACAUUUCCUCGCUCUUGGCAACGACUUCCACGAUCACACCGGCUCGACUAACUUUUUAACCAAGAGAUGGUACCGCGCUGUUGAAACUUUACUAAACGUGCUGACUGAGCAAUCCAAGUCGACCUUCGACCCCAAGACUGGCGAGUUUCAGCGUAACGAGUACACAUUCUCGCGGCGCACCGAUAUUGGAACUGAAACACUCAACUUGAAGGGUGUUGGUAAUCCUCUAAACUGGGGAACGGGCCUGGUUCGAUCAGCCUUCCGACCCAGCGACGAUGCAACAAUUCUCGGUUUCUUCAUCCCCGCCAAUGCGCAAAUGUCUGUCGAACUGAAGCGAGCAUCCAAGAUUCUUACGAUGGUGGGUAAAACAACACUAGCUCAGAAAUUAGAGACUUGGAGCACAAAGCUCCGCGAAGGCAUCAUGGAGCAUGGCGUGGUCAAGCACAAGAAAUAUGGAGAUGUGUUUGCAUAUGAAGUAGAUGGAUAUGGCUCCUCGAUCCUAAUGGACGACGCCAAUUAUCCUUCAUUACUGGCACUUCCCCUAAUGGGAUUCUGUGAGGUCAACGAUCCAAUUUACCAGAACACAAGGAAGAUGUUGUUGGAAAAGAGUGGAAAUCCUUACUAUCUUGAAGGAAAUGCAUUCAAGGGUAUUGGAGGUAAGAUGUCUAAUACAUACACGAUUAUUGCGGCCACUGACAGUUCAUAGGACCACAUAUCGGGUUAAGAAACGCGUGGCCGAUGAGUCUUCUCAUUCAGGCUCGAACCUCUGACAACGACAAAGAGAUCAAAGAAUGCAUUGAACUUGUGCUCGACUCCGCCAGGCUGGGCUUGGUCCACGAGAGUAUUGAUGUUCAGCACAUCACUCAAUACACAAGAAGUUGGUUCGCCUGGGCAAAUGGUGUAUUUGCAUCAACGAUCUUGGACUUGGCUAAGAGGAAACCACACCUGAUCUUUGGCGAGGGCGCUGCACCGUAUGAGAUAUGAUUGACGAGAAUGCUGGAGCAUAUGGUGUUUGUGACAAAAAGUAGUUCAAUAAUAAAUGCUUUAUAGUUCCUGUACUGGCUUGAGCACAGACAAUUGUCGUGAUCUUCCACUCAAGAAUAGACAAUGCAAAUGAUAAUCAAGUGCAA